UCACUUUAUGUUUGUUUUGAUUCAUAAGGGACCAAGAUUGGAGACCUCCAUUGGCUUAGGAGAUCCUCCCAGGGGAAACAACAUACAGCCUUACUUUUUUUUUUUCCUAGACUCAUCCUUGGUGGAGCCUGUUGCUGAACACCAGGCCUUUCAAGAUGGUCCUCAGUAUUCUUAGCAUCCUUGUUCUUUGGGAACUGGUGCUUUUCAUCGACCACAGGGCCGCGUUGGCAAAGGUAGGGCAGCCUGACGUUGCCAUCCUGGCUGAGGACCCUAGCUGGCCCCUGGUUCGGGAGCUGCUAGAAGAGGCUCCCGGCAAGCAGCAGAGGAAGCCACAGCUCCAAGGACCCCAACUGCAAUACAUGCUGAAGUUGUACCAGAGCUCAGCUGACUCACUUGGGAACCCUAGGGAGAACCGCACCAUUGGGGCCACCAUGGUGGCGCUGGUGAGGCCCUCGGCCAACGCAGCAGAGCCUCUCAGAGUACUGACAAUGUCCUGUGAAGGUGGAACCGAAGAUUAAGGAAGACCAAAAAUAUAAUGUUGAAGUAAGAACCACUAAUAUGCCCAACACAUCACAAAGACAAAGUCUCACUGCAAAAGUGAGACUUUUCUGGCAGACUAUAAUUGGCACCACCUUUUUCUUGCAUGCAUAACAUCUGAACCAGUGUCCAUUUCCUCUAUUUGAGCAAAGAGGAGGAUUUUGUAAUCCUCUUUAGACACUUUAGAACGAAGGCCAAAGUGUUGACUGCACAAAUUUCAGAGCACAUGGCUCUCAACAUAGCUCUAUAAACACCAUCUCAGUCCAAGGGUAUUCAGUGGAUGCUCUUAAGAGAACAAAUUGUUUUGCUCACCAACUCAAUCCCAAUUAUGAAGAAAAUUUUCAGCAAUAAGGAAGGCCUCUAUAAGGAAUCAGAGGCAUUCUGUUAUGGAGCUUUCUAGUAUUCAGAGCUACCAUGUAUAGUUUCUCCCCUGGGAACUAUGAAAUCACCUGGCAGGCCUGGAUCCUCUUGAUCAUACGACCCCUACGGUGGA